AUGAUAUUAAACAUCAGUGGUAUGAUUUAUCAAUGUCCUUAUAAUAUACCUCCUAAAAAUCUUUCUAUUCCUUCUAUUCACUUAAAACAAGUGACUAUAGUUGAUCAAAUAUGUGUAACAACAAGUGGAAUUUAUUGA